CGCCCCCACUGAGCAGGGCGUUAAAAGGCGCCUGUCCUACUCCUGGAGGGUUUAGUUUAAGACUGACCGAGGCUGGGACGAUACAUUGAGGGACGUUACAGGAUAAUAUUUAACCAGAUCACUGAAACCAUGAAGUCUCCAAAGCUGAAACCUCAAGCAGCAAAGUUCAUUAACGAGGAGGAUCUGACCGACGUGCUGUGCGAGUUCGACGCGGUGAUCGAAGACUUCACGUCGCCGGUGGAGAAGCGACACUUCAGGUACGAUGAGCACCUGAAGACCGUGAAGAGGAGGAGCAGCACCAGCGUGAGCGACAGCGGCAUCAGCGAUUCAGAGAGUGCCGAGUCGCUCAACAGGAACAGCUUCAGCUUCAGUGAUGAGAGGCUGAACUCACCCACCGUGCUCUCCCCCACCACCACCUCCUCACCUCCUCUUCUGUCCCCCAAACCCAAACUUGGUGACACGAAAGAACUGGAGGACUUCAUCGCCGACCUCGACAGGACAUUAGAGAGCAUGUGACACAGCAAGCUCACAGUCAUCUUGGAGCUUCGCCACGAGGGAGGGAGCAGUUAAUAUGCACCUGCCCCCAAACACCGAAAACCACCCAACAGGAUGCAGCUGGAUUCCACAGCAACUGCCAAGUAGCUCCACCACCACAGCAUCAGCUCCUGCCAGCGCUCCUAAACUUAACCCGGCAGCACUCUGAAAAAACUCCAGACCUCAUGGCUACCGGGCUGUAAGAAGGGCCCGAAUUAGCUUUGUAGGACAGAUAUACUCGGCAGCCAUGAGGUAACAGCCUCCAAGAAAAAUGUGUAAGGAGUGAAGACGUGGAGCAUAUGCUACAAAGAGUCACUGGAACAUUUACUGUCAGAAUUACAAAUCAUCCAUGACGCAGGCACAGGUUACACUCCCUCAUCCAAAACCUGAACUGGAAGAGUAUUUAAAAGAAAUUAAAAAAGAAAAAAAGGCUUUUUAUAAUAGAAAUAUAUUUGUAAUUUUAUAGAGCUUCUUAUUGUAAAUUUGUCACUCUUUUAUUUUUGUGGGGGGUGAAAUAUAUUUUUGUAUCAUAUGUAAAUAAUAAUUUUAUUUGCCUCAGUGUCAGGACGCGAUGGUCUGAUUGAGAUUUGACACAUGUUGAUCAAAUGUGAACAUAAUCCGCUCUGAGAAAAAACUGGAAAGCAUGGUGUAUUUAAUACAGCUAAUGCCUGUCAAAGAUCAUAAUAAACUAUGGAAUAAUGUUCUUUUACUAA